GCGUCAGGGCCGGGCGGAAGUUGACGUCUCCGCGCCGCCGCCGCGUGACGCACUUCCUGUUUGUUGUUGGAGAAAGGAGAGAAAGGAAAGCGCGAGGAACCGCCGCCACCACUACCAGGUCAACGUGCCGGAGCCGCGAGGGGACGGGCCACACACCUCUCUUCUUUGCGCCGCCGGUCGUCUGCGUCCUCGGACUUGUUCCGGGAAACUUUUAAAACAUGGUGGAUUACUAUGAAGUUCUAGGCGUGCAGAGACAUGCCUCCCCCGAGGACAUCAAGAAAGCAUACCGGAAACUGGCACUAAAGUGGCAUCCAGAUAAAAAUCCUGAGGAUAAAGAAGAAGCAGAGGGAAAAUUCAAACAAGUGGCUGAGGCAUAUGAGGUGUUAUCAGAUGCUAAGAAACGGGACAUUUAUGACAAAUACGGCAAAGAAGGAUUAAAUGGUGGUGGAGGAGGUGGAAGUCACUUUGACAGUCCAUUUGAGUUUGGUUUCACAUUCCGGAACCCAAAUGAUGUCUUCAGGGAAUUUUUUGGUGGAAGGGACCCAUUUUCAUUCGACUUCUUCGAAGACCCAUUUGAAGACUUUUUUGGAAACCGAAGGGGUCCCCGAGGAAGCAGAAGCCGUGGUGCGGGCUCCUUUUUCUCUACCUUCAGUGGAUUUCCAUCCUUUGGAGGUGGAUUUUCUUCAUUUGAUACAGGAUUUACUUCAUUUGGCUCCCUAGGUCAUGGUGGCCUCACUUCAUUUUCAUCCACAUCAUUUGGCGGCAGUGGGAUGGGUAACUUCAAAUCUGUAUCAACUUCUACUAAAAUUGUUAAUGGUAGAAAAAUCACCACAAAGAGAAUUGUCGAGAAUGGUCAAGAAAGAGUAGAAGUUGAAGAAGAUGGACAGUUAAAGUCCUUAACGAUAAAUGGUGUGGCUGAUGAGGACGCCCUUGCUGAGGAGCGCAUGCGGAGAGGCCAGCAUGCCUUGCCAGCCCAGCCUUCCAGCUCCCGCCCGCUGAAGCCACCCCGGCCCGCCCCGGUGGCUAGGUCCGUGCCCCACUACGUGCUGGAGGACGACGAGGAGCAGGACAGGCCUCGGGUCCCUGGCGGCUGGGAUGCCCCCAUGAGUUCAGCAGGGUUCAAAGAAGGUGGCAAGAGGAAGAAGCAGAAGCAGAGAGAGGAGUCGAAGAAGAAGAAGUCGACCAAAGGGAACCACUAGGCUGGACUUGCCCAGCAGACGCACAGUCCUGCUCGUGUGUGGCUGUGCACAUGCUAGGUAGUGGCUGCCUUUCAGUGCUGUCCAGGGCCACCUCGCUUACCAGGAUUAUGGAUGUGUGCUUAUGGAUUGUAGGAUCAGGGCCUCGAGACAGGUGAUACCAUGGGUGGCGUGGUAGACAUUUGGGAUACAGCUUGACUCCUGACUCCGCUUUUCCCCAGCACUAAAUCCACCAGCAAUUUCCUCUAGUGAGCAAUCCGUCUCUUUCUAGCUUCUCCACCCCUACACCCCUACUGAAGUCUUUGUAGCUGUGAAGCACAGUAAGGUAUGGACAGGGAAUGGGCACAUGUUCUGGAGAGGACUUUCCUUCCCUGUGGCAGCUUGGUGUUUGAAAUUAGAAGGAAUUCAUUGCAGCAUAACUUAAGAUAUUGUGACUGCACUCGGCACAGUGGCUGUUGGUCUGUUGUUCAGAGCAGCCUGGCCACACACAGGCCAUCACAAGUCACUUCAGCUGUAAAAAUCAUUCCUUAUAUUUAUUGCCCUAGCUCAGUUCUCUCCAGGGAGUCCCAAAUUGACUCCAAAUAUUGUUUAGUGUUUACUAAAUCUCAUAGUUUGUAUCCAUUUUUUUUUAAAGUAAGAAAGGUUCUUCUCAGCAAAACGACUUCUUGCUUUUAUAGGUCAGAGUCAUUUCAUCACGCUGGGGAAAAACAGGCUGAUUAACACACACAGUCGUGGACACACAUAACAACAUGAUCGGCUAUUGCGCUACAAGCUUGAACUGAACAUUUCAGUUUGCAAACAAACAUUGACCCCCUGAAAGUUCCUUUUAUUCUAUCAAAUUUCUGCCCGGCUUCCCAUGACCGGUUCACUUGCAUGAGGUAUUGCUUCUUAGCCUUUGUUUUUAUUGAGCACCAGGUAGACCUCUGGUGUACCUGACUUCCUGCCUGCAUAUUCCUCCUGGGGGCAGUGUUCACACUUUUUUCCUCUGUCCUCUUGGAAGCAGGGCACAGUACAAAGCGUUGAUGUGGUUAAAAAAUGCUGCAGUCUAACCCAGCAGCACUGAAAGCAGAAAAACUUGGUGCAGUCCAUGCGGCAGUGUAACAGCUUGGAAGCUAGAGACAAGCGUCACCUGUGGUUUCAAAUGAUGGUCACUCGCAUUUGCUGUGUUUCUUUGGGUCUGAUGGGAGGUGGUAUGGGUGGCUGGGUGGAGAAUGGCUUGGAUUGAAUGCUCAUUGUGGAAAUUGUCACCCCUAGGUGUAGUGUGUUUCAAUGCUACCUACGUGAAUAAAAGGUGUGAUCGAGUCCAGCUA